GUUUCGCGGGGGUGCGACUGCCAGGGUUGCCGGAUCGGAGACAUGAACAAUGCCGACAACGACACCAAUGCCGAGAUUCAGCAAUUACUUCGCGAGAUGCACAACAUGUCCUCCAAGAAGAACCCUGCAACGCAUCACCCUACCGCGUUGACUUACCACGGCCCUCGCCCGGCCAAAUCCUCACCCAAGACGAAGAAGAAGGCAAGCAGCACCGUCCACUCCCACGUACACGGCAAGCCCUUGGACCUCCCUCACAGCGGCGCUUCGUCGGCCGUCGUGGACCUUCCUCGAAACCACGGCAACUUGAGCUUUGUCCAGCAACUGCAAGUCAAGUACAACCAAGUCAAGCACGCAUUGGCAAUUCAACAUGCCCAAUGUGGGGAUCUCCAAGCGAUGGUCGCAGAUCUCGCCGCGGCCAAGUCCCAUCACACCACCCAAGUGGCAACGCUGGAGGCGGCGCUAGCGUCGCGUGACCGGGAAAUCCACACCCUUCGCGACCACGUGCACGAUCUAUACAGUGUGCAGCAAUCGCUGCGGGCGGAAUCGCUUCACAAGGACAUUCAGUUGCAGCAGCUCCAGCAACAACAACGCGCGGCGUUCGUGGACGACUGUCAUUCGUGCGUGUGUCACUCGAACGCCCCGUCCAUCGCGUGGUCCAACCACCCCGUCGACGCGGCGGCGGUGGUCGUCCCAACCACGUCAUGUUCGUCGUCGUCGAUGCCCGUGGAUUCGUCGCCUGUUGUGCACACAUUGCGCGUGGAAUUGCAAGGUUUGGAAUCGCAAGUCGCGUGUCAAUCUGCGGAAUUGGCGCGCGUUCAAAAAGCACUGGGAGAAGCCAUCGACCAAAGCCAAGUGGUCGAAGACGCGAUGCGGCAGUGGGCGGCCGCGCUCGCCUUGCCAACCAACAAUCAAUCGAUGGAAGGCGGUAACAACGACGAGACGAUGCACGGACUGGCGCUGGUCAACCUUCUCAACGACGCCAUAACAGUACACGUUCAACGGCCACCACCACUCGAGCCAUAUAGUGCGCUUCAGAGUCGUGCGGUGCAUCCGUUGACGACAAACGAGCCCGACGAUCGAGCUUUGAAUGAUGUGACAGGGGGUGGCCAAGAAGGGCAGAUGCCGCAAUGGUUGGCGGAUGCGUUGGCGACCGUGGAAGACAGCAUGGACGAAGCGUCGCAUGCGCUGGACAUGGAAGUGCUCCAGAUGGAACUGGCAUCGCUCCGACGAUCGCUGCAGCAAAAAGACGACGAACUGGAUGCGUUCGAGCUCAUGGUCGACUCAAUGCAAGGUCAAGUAAGCGCCUUGGCAACCCAUCGCGACUUGGUAGAAGAGCGCGGCGGGGUGCAGUCCAAUGCAGUGAUGGACAUGCUACUUCAAGUGAUUUACAACAACCAGGACGAACCAGAAGAAGGGGAACACCAGCGCGAUGUCGAAGUCGGCAAUCCUGACUCGUGUGACGAAGAGACUCUUACAACCAAAGAGGAACAAAUCCAACGGAAUGAGACAUGGGAUCAUGUGGAAGUCUACGGAACCGUGCCCCUGGACACGCAAGAUAUGACUUUGACUUUACAGCUUGGUAUUGCACGUUCUGACGAAUAUACUCCUCGAGAUGACGACGUCGACGGAAACCGGGAGCAACGAGUAGUGCACUCGUUGCUGCAGAACGCCAUACAUGUGUUGUGCAGUAGUACCACGUCAUCGUCCAUAAGUAACGACCAAACUGCAAAUGUACCGCUGGAAGCAACAGCGACGCACCUCCUGGAGCAAGUGACAGCGCACCAACGGCAGUUUGAGUUGCUGCAAGAGGAAGUGACCGCGACGAAGUUGGCGCUGGACUCCAAAUCCACACGCCUAACACAACUCGUCGACGAACACGCGUCGCUCAGUGUGCGGUCAGAGGCACUUGAAGGCGAACUGGUGCAGCGAAUGACAGACAUCGGCGUGCUGGAGCAUCGAUUGCUCGACAAACAAGUCACCACCACGUCAUUAACGCGCGAGCUGUCGGCGGCUACCAACGCGCUUGAAACGCUUGGCCACGACUCGGCCACCCUCCAAGCAGAGUUGCUCCACCAAUCCCGCGAAUUGGCCGACGUCCGCCAGCGAUUCCAAUACGUGUGCUCCCACCUCCAAGCUGACAUGGCUGCCUUUUGUGCCAAGUCCAGUGUUUGUCACCUCUUGGCCAACGACCUAGUGCUUGGCACUGUUUCUAGCGAGAAGGACUCGUCCAUGUCGUCGGAUAUCUUCUUGCGAAAUCCCGACUGUCUAGUUGAACAUACGACAGACGAGUGUGGAUCGGCACUGCUUGGUGCGUUUGCUGCGUUCAAAGAACGCGUUGCUGGCCAACUCUACAGCCUCGAGCACGACGUAGAGACGUUCAAGGGCCGCCUAUCGCAUGCCAAAGCCACUACCGCGGAAACUGUCCGAUAUUACGAAGACCAGCGAGCCGUUAUCCAAGCACAGGAGGCCGCCCAAGCGCUGGUUCAUAAGGACAAGGACGCCAUGCUGAGCGACCGGGAUGACUUGAUUGCCCAGCUGCGCAUGGACCUAGAGACUAAAGUCGACGCGAGUCGGAGCCUUACGGCAUUGGUCGAACGUGAAUUAGCCGCUUGCAAACACGAGAACCACACGUUAACCACAAGUGUCCGUGAAAUCACCAGCGAGAUCGUCGUCCUGCAGGGCAAGUUGGCCGCCCAGUCGACAUGUACAGCCCGUCAGCAAACCGCACGAGAACUCCAAUUGCAGUUGGCUCAAGGCACGACCCAAAGCCAGAGACUGCUCCAAGUGGGCAGAACUACUCACCAACCUUUACUAGCCACAGCGUUGCGGUACUGUGGAGAAUCCACUGACGAGUUGAUGGUGGCUCACACGCUGGACCGAGUGGUGCUCAUGUGCGAAUGGCACGGCAUGUUCUCGGCCCUCCAACAAGAGCUGGCGUCGACGAAAGCGCAAUGUCACACAUUGACGUCCAACCUAGCACGGGAUCGCAACGAACUCGACCAGUGUCGCCAGCAGCUGGUGCAAACUCGCGAGGAGUUGACCGUCGCCCACGAAAUGCAAGCCACACACCAAGACGUGAUGAAUAUGACCACUGAGAUGCUGAAAAUGAACGAGGACGCGCUGGAGCAGUCGGUCGCGUGGGUCAAACUUGAAGCCGCCGAGUCCGAGAAAAGCAUCUGCGCGCUCAUACUGGACAAGUUGGUGCUGCAAGUGCAGUCUAUUCACGAUCAUGAACAACACGACCUUGAGCUUAGUAUGGCAGUGGACGAAUGGAAGCAAGCAUACCACGAUAUAGAGAACCACGGCCACGAUGACCACCGCCAAUGGAAUCACAUGGACACGAUCCAGUCAAGAAGCAGCGAUCGUCGCAGUGCACUCUCGGAAGCUGUAAACAUCAACGCCGUAGUUGAAUCGGCUGGUUUUCACCAAGUGCUGCUUGGCCUCAAGCGUUGUGUGGUCCAGGAGUAUGCCCGUCAAAAAGCUGUGUGGAUGGACUCGUGUCGGUAUCUCCAUGACAAAGUCGACGCUGCGACGAGAGUGUCGGAGCAACUUCGAGAGCAAUGCACGUCCUACGAGACCCAAUUGACCAGUGAACGAGAACAACACCAGUAUCUAGCGCGGGGUUGGGAGGACCAACACGGCCAGGUCGAACGGGAGGUUCGCCACUUGGAGAGCCAGUUGCUUGACCAAGCAACGGUACACCAACACAUGGUUCGCACGUUGGAAUGUCAACAAGAGCACCUCAAGGCGGAAUGCCACACGUACGAAAGUCAAGUGCUUGAGCUACAGACCCGACUAAGUCAGCUUGAGGUGGAAUACACCAAGAAGAAUCAAGCACAACUCCGUCAAGAAACGGAGCAGCAUGACGCCGUUGUGCGGGCCUUGGAGUGCCAACUUGAUCAUGUGAACCUGGCAUGCCAAACCUUGAACAGCAAACUGCUUCAGCAACAUGAACAGCAUCAGUUAUUAGUGCUCGACAUGGAACACCGGCAAGAGCAGCUCCAAGCGGAAUGCAGCGGCUGGAAAACCCGCUUGGUUGACCUGUCCGACCAGCACCAACACAUUGUGAACGACUUGGAACGUCGACAAGCCCAACUACUCCAAGUGGAAUGCUCGAAUUGGGAAGCCAAGGUGGCGGAAAAGUCAGAACAGCACCUGGCGCAAGUAGAGGCGUUGGAAUGCCAGCUCGAACAACUCCAAGAUGAACGCCGGCUGACGGAAUCUCACGUAGGUGCCCAAAUAGAUCAGCACCGCCGUCUAGUUUGUGACUUGCAAUGUCGGCAAGACCAGAUUCACCAACUGGAGAUGGAAAUGGCGACCAAGCAGCACGAAGUUGGUGCGUUGCUCAGCGCGUUGGCGGCUUCCGACAGUGCUAAAACACUUCUUCAGGAACGCUGCGACGCUGCCAACGCGCAGAGCUUACUCGAAGUCGCCGCGUGUCGGUCGGAAUGCCAGCACCUCAAGACAUUGCUCGAUCAAAACCGAAUCGAGUAUGACACAUUCAAAGCUGACCGAUUGGCCAACGAAGCUACGUUGGUCGCGUCGCUGCAAACAGAGUUCAAGACCCUGGAAUCGACCUACGAAGCUCAAGUCGAGCAUUGGAAGACCCGAGUUCAAUCCAAAGAUCGCACAGUCAGUCGACUGCAGCAUGCGUUGUGGGCCAUGCAAUUGGAAUCGGAGCUGUCGCUCUUCCAGUCGAAAUCAUCACCAUCCCCAACAACAACAUCUGUGGAGGAUUCACCAUCCCCAACACUGCUAGUCCAAGGCACACCCUAUCAUGAUGACGAGCUAAUUGCUGUCCCACAGAUUGCCGACUCGUUCCUUAAGCUUGGGGAUGACAAAACUUGCCAAGGGGGUGUUUUUCCCCAGCUCGAACCUACGAAACGAAGGAGAAAUAACCACAGAGACAGUCUAUGGGCGAUCCAUCAAUGGCGAUCUGCUGCACUUGAAAUGGAAGUGCAGCAGGAGCAGUAUGAAAUGACACUGGCGACGUCAUUCCAAGCCAAUGAAACCAAGUCCAACCAGUGGCAACGGACGGUGGAGCACAACCAGGCGCAGUAUGAGCUAGCAACGGAGCAACUCAAGCAGCAACUCGACCUCGCCCAAACGAUCGCCAGUCAAAAAGGCAAGGACAGUGCAAAGUGGGUGCAUGCUUUGCGAAGUGUGCAAUUGGAAAUGGAUGGAGCGUUGGAUCGAUAUCAACAAGUCGCCCAUCAAGUUAAGACGCUGACAAGUCUCAACGACAUGCACUUGCGUACUAUAGACGACUUGGCAGCCAAGAACAAGCUCCUCGAGGGUAAAAGCUCGGCUUUGGCCAAUCAACUCGCCGAGUUGUCCACGUUGCUCACGAACGAGAGAGCUACCGUGGGCUCUUUGCGACAACGUGAAGCGGACUCUACAGCGCAACUGGAAAACCAACUUCAACACCGUCUCAGCCAAUGCGAAUCCCAGCGAGGGGAACUCGACAGGCUGCACACAGCGUUGAUCGUUGAGUCCAAGGCAAGCCAAGAACGCAAACAAGUCGAGGGCAAAUGUGCUCCAUUGAAGUCUACCAACGGCACUUUACAAGUGGAGCGAACCGCGUCGCAGUGUCGCAUACAGCACAAGCGCGAGCUGAAGUGGAGGCAUUACGUGCAGAGCAUGCAACUAGAGCUCGACGGCUGCUUCCCCACUGCCCCUUCUUCAGCCAUAUUGCACGAUGCACAUACAUUACUCGAUCCAAGAACGUCCACUCCACACUCGGUCGUUACACGAGCUAAAGCGGAAAUGUCCCAGAGUCGGCUAAAUAUAGCCGAUUCAGCACGUGGUUUAUCACGGCCGUCGCAGUCGACGAUGAUGAUGCCGCAUGAUCUCGAAUGGACGUGGCAAGUCCACGAGCAAGUUCUAGACGAACGGACAAAACAAGUGCACUCGUUGCAAGCCCAGCUGGCUAUGGCCACGUCAUCUCCCCCCAUGUCCCCCACUUCGACGACCGACCCAAGACUGACGUCACUCAAGCGCCGAUUAGACGCUGCGACCGCGGAAAACCACGCGCUGUGUACCCGACUAACCGACCUAACCCUGGACAACCAUCGACUCACAGUGGACUUACUGGAUAUGCGAGCCUCCGUCGCCGCUGCAGAAUCAGUAGAAAUACCCCCAACACCAACUGAAUCGCCACAACGGACGGAUCAUCCCACGACCCAAACGAUCCCUGAGCUACUACAAUGCCACUUCGACACAGCUACAGCUGAAAACGAUGCACUGCGGGCCCAGUUGAGGGAUCUGACCCUCGAGAAUCACCGUGUCACUGUGAAAUUGAGUGAAAAUGACAAGAAGACCCUCUCCGUGGCACAAGCAACUCGACAUGUGGCCCCAACGACUCAAACACCGGAAUCAGCGUCAGGAAGACGACAAGAUUCGGGCACGCAAACCGCAGAAUCAGGUUUGCAAGUAGUCGUGGAAUCAGGCUCUGAAACGGCAGAAGAGCCCGAUGGCGUAGACGCUGCUACUGAUGAGCACCACGCGCUGUGUUGGCUGUCGACUGCACAACUCUCGCUGGACCAUCAUUCAUGCCUUAUGCAAGACUUGCGGGGUGGUUCCAACACACAACCAACGGAAUCAGGAGGCAAUACUGUCGUGGAAUCAGAAUCAGAAUCAGCAACACCUGAGUCUACAGAUCGAGAGUUUGCCAGUAGCAACGAUGUGCACGCCAUGUACCUGUCCAUCCCUGAAGCGAUAGACGUUCCGUUGAUCACGUGGAAAGCGUUGGCCAAUCACAUCGAAGAGUUGCUAAGUCACACAGCCACAGUUGUAGCCGCAAUCAAGCAACGACCCCAGCAACGCCGCUGUCUUGUGGGCCGACUCAAGCGACGCCUUGUCAUGACCUUACACACCCACGACCAGCACGACCCUACCGCAUCCCAUCCUGUUGUGGACGUCGUCCAUGGACUCACGAGUCUAGGGCGGUUGCUAGCAACGUUGCUGGAUCCGUGCACCACCACCCGAGCAACGUCGUUCUACACGUCCGUGUCCAUUCGAUCCAGGCGUGACACGCCCUUCCUCACGUCCUUGUCCACGGCGGCAGCUCCACGGCGACCGGUGCAUCGACCUCUGCUCCAUCCUUCGUCAAGUAGUAUCGAUGCCGCCACCACGUCGUUCAACGGUGGCGGCAUCGUGCUGUUGGAUGUGGGAGCCACCCAAGUCCGCGCCAGCCUCCUCCCGCUGCUGUAUGGCACUACGACCAUGUCUUCCCCUCCAUCCAUCCUUCGCUUUGAGAACUCUACGCUUGAUGACAAGAACGACGUUGCUGGGAAAGUUGCUAAGGCGCUUGAAUGGCUCGGGCUGUCGGCCGCGCACCUUCCCUUUGUCAAGGUGUCGUCACCAAUGUCGUCACCACGUUGAUAUAUAUGGGCACUGUAUAGGUCGUGCUACUGCACAAGCCUCGGUUAGAGCCAAGUCGAAAGGAACAUCUGACGACAUUGCUCCUCCAAGGGUUCCAACUCCAGGGUGUAAACUUGACCACCCACACCCAAGUAGCUCUUACGGGUCACACUGGCUUGGUCGUUGACAUCGGACACACUUCGACGUACCUUGUGCCAGUGUUUGAGGAUAUGGUGCUCGAACAUGCCGUGGUGACGCUAGAUGGCGGCGGAAGCGCCGUGGCCAGCCAUAUCCUAGCUCACAUUCGCCACACAAAUCCAAUGAAAUGCUUCCAAGCAGUGUCUGGGACCGCCCACUUGGCCGAGAUUGAACGCAGCUUGAUGGAAGGGCGACGGGAGGACGACUGGCCUGCGUCCAUCAGCGAUGUGUUCUUUCAAGGUUCUGUAGACUUGGCGAUGGCUGUGCGCGCAUGUGUCAAGCACUGCGACCCGUUCCUGCAUCCCGCGCUCUUUGGGAACAUCGUGCUCACAGGUGGUGCCGCCGCCCUUCCUGGACUCGCGGACCGCUUGAAGAUGGAACUUUUAGCCAACUCGACAGCAGCACAAGAGGUGCAUGUCCAGGUGGUGACCAACGUGUUUGACGGCGCCGCCUCACAUGCGAAGAACCUGUCGCCAUACAAAUGGGUCCUCCAAGAAGACUUCCGCCUCCAUGGUGCACGCAUCGUACAUGCCAAAUGCUUCUAAUAAUGCUCAUGCAGCAUUUCCACUUCCUCCAUCUCUGCUUGCCAUGUUCCUCCUUCCAGGUAUCCUUCGCAGAUAUCUGGUCGGCCAAUCCACAUCUUUCGUGCCGCUGUUUUGACGGUUGGCGCCAUCGACUGAGUACGUUAUUUCCAAAUUUCAACGCAAU